AUGUCUCUGGACGAGGAAAUAGAUGAAGUGCGGCCAAGCAACCUGCUAGAUGCAUUAAAGCACCUUGAAGCAGUUGCCCUCGUGCCCGCCAGACAGCGCUAUACAGACGCUGGACAGCUAGCGAAACAAAUCGCCACGUUCGCGUACGAGGGCGGAGUGUCUCCCGCUGCGCUUGAGCGUCUGUUGAAGCUCCUUACGAGGAGUAAUGCUUUAGAUCAGGGAACUCUAACCACCCUGGUCAAGAACUUGUAUCCAUCUGAGAGAAUCGCGUCUAAACUCGUCACGCAGGUCGUAUGCUGUCUUGGCCCCACGAGGAACAAACCAAGUGCAGCGACCCAGGCGCUUUUGUUGCGAUGGCUGAUCCUCGUUUACGAUCUUCUCGAAGAUCGUUCUCACUUAUCGAAGCUGUAUGCAGUGCUAUUCAACCAUCUUGACAUGCUCAGCUUGCGCAAACCGCUGUGCCACCUUCUCUCCUUUAUAACGAGACUUUUCAAAAAUUACUAUCCGGAUGUUAUUGUGGGCGACCCUGGCAGGAAGGGCUUGUUCUUCAAGCAUCCGGAUCCCGAAUGGGCAAGCCAUGUGCGCCAGCUUCAGGAAGCGAAUCUAGAGCAUAUCCAGGGGUCUCAGUCAACAAGUUUCCAAGUGGUGCACCGCGGGCUCGUGAAGAGGAUUAAGGUGGAAACGAUCGUUCCGGAUGUGCAAACCUCGCGAGUUGCACAUAACAGGACGUCAUUGGAAGAGCUGCGCGGAGUUGAUCAUUUCAUUGAGAGGCUUGAGAAGAUUGAGCUGCCUAACCAGAUCAUCUCAAUGAUUGCGGAUGGGCUGGCGCAGAAGUACAUCUUUCUGGCCCAGCCUGAGCUUGCUAAUCGGCGGCUGAAUGACUGGUUGGAAAGCUUCUUGAGUGAUCAGCUUGAGUAUGCUCAAGGCUUUGAUGACGAGGGUGUUGAAACGCUGGGUUAUGUAUUGGCCCUUGCUGUUAGUUACGCACGAUACUCAAAGACAAUCCCGGACGCGUUCAUCUCGUUUCUAAAGUCCUAUAUACCAGUCUGGAACGGCGUUGACAACCGAGACCAAAUACUUGAGCUGCUUGAAUACCUUCCUAUCAGCAAUUAUGACGUUCUACGAGCCGACAUCCUAGCUCCUCUUGAAGCCGCAUUUCUAGAGGAUACAGCAUCAUCCAAAGCGGCCUUGCUCAAUUUCUAUUCAUCUCUUAUCCGCCAAUGGGGUGUCAAAUUGAGGGCAGCACCAUUCACCUCGGAAAAAUCACAGCCUCUUAGCCAGCUGAUAUCACACGCUGAACUUUUAGCCCUGGCUAUCUUGGAAAGCCCGCCAGAGCAGCCGUCAGAACAGGACACAAACUACAGAUCAAGCACCUUAUCCGUGAUAGCUUUCCACUUCAUACUAGCAGACCUAUUCUCCUAUGCCUAUCUAAACGGCAACAUCCGAAUCACCGUUCCCCUCGCUCCAACAGUCUACAGCCUUGUCUUCACCUCCAUGAGCUCUGUCAUCUCAGACAUGAACUCCAUCCUCGCAAGCUACAAAUCUUCCUUCGAAGCGUCCAUGACCUCCGAAGCCCUCCAGGGCUCAGAAUCCUCGGAUAUGCUCUACUCGCAAUCCCUCGUCGGCCAAUUCAACGGUUACAUAAUGGACAUUUGCAACCUCGUCUGGCGAAACCGCGCACUAAACGGCGAGGAUCCCAACGCGCUAGGCUGUCUCAUCCCGGUGGCAACAAUCACCGCUCUCAUGCAGUACAUCCGUGACGUGAAUGAGAGAAGUCGGAAACGAAAUCGCGAGGCCGCGUUCUCGUAUACGAUUGCGUCAGUGUUUUCGUUGAGCCACCAUGCCGCGCUGAGCAAUAUGUCUGCGUCUUGCUUUGCGGAUCUCGAAAAGGACAGCGAUCUUGCUGAUGACAAGCCGAGGCUGAGAAAGCCGGUCACGCAGAAGGCGUUGAGCGCCUUGGAGAAGGAUGGUGGGAUCCAAAUGACUUGGCAGGAUUAUAGAGUGCGCAUGUUGGACUGGAUGGAAGCGGCGGGCAGUAAUGGGAUUGCCGGAUUGAUGAGGACAACGAUGAAGGCGCUGAGGAAGGAUAUCAAUGAGGUAUGA